AUGGACGAGUCUGACAUGCAGUAUGAGGUAGAGAUACCGCUUCCCUACAGCCCUCAGGCAGGAUUAUUCUUCAGUAUGACCCAUGAGGAGAAAAUAGAUUCUGAUAGGAGAUCUAUCUAUGUGGGGAAUGUGGAUUAUAGAGCAACUGCAAACGAACUGGAGAUGUACUUUAAUGACUGUGGCCAUGUUAACAGAGUUGCAAUACCGUAUAAUAGAUUAACUGGCCAUCCAAAAGGUUUUGCCUACAUUGAAUUCUCAGAGAGAGAGUCUGUGAGGACUGCCAUGACUUUAGAUGAAACACUAUUCAGAGGACGUUUCAUUAAGGUAUUGCCAAAAAGAACAAAUAUUCCAGGUUUCAGGACUACAGACACAAACAUGCGUGGAGGUUGGUCCCGAGGACGAGGUUUCCGUGCCUCGAGAUUUUACAACCCGUUCAGGGGCUGCCACUUCAUUAGAGAAAAUGGAAGAGCUCAUCCUUGGGUUGAUUCUUUUUGAUAUUCAUUUGACUUUUCUGUUAUCUUCAAAGCACUUCUUGGUGCUGAUUAGUUUAUGUUUGAGUAAUUGCAUGACGGGAGCUCAGUUAUUAUUUUGUG